AUGGACAGUAAAGAACGACAUGAGGUUGUAAGAGAAGCGAAGCUUCUGCAGAAAGUGGACAAUAGGCACAUCAUCAAGUGUUAUGAUUCUUGGAUAGAGCAAGGAGAGUUUUACAUCUGUCUAGAGCUAUGUACAAACGGAGAUCUCGCAGGAGUUAUUCGGGAACAAUCCCAGAACAAUUCCAGGCUGAGACCAGCGAUAGUAUGGUUGUAUUCUUAUCAGUUAGCAGACGCGCUUCGACACAUGAAGCAGAACCACAUGAUGCACCGGGACGUGAAGCCUGCCAACGUCUUUCUAGGAGAGGGAGGAAACUUGAAGCUAGGAGAUCUCGGCUUGGGUCGGCUCUUCAGCUCUCGAACACUGGAGUGCACAACAGUGGUUGGAACUCCUUACUACAUGGCCCCUGAGGCCGAUAUCUGGUCGUUGGGCUGUGUAAUAUAUGAACUCUGCAAUCUUGCGUCACCGUUCUGGGAGAAGAAUGUGAAUCUGUAUGCGUUGAGAAUGAGAAUAUGCAAAGGUGUUUAUGCGCCUGUGGAUGAGAUCUAUGGGGGGCCUAUUCGAGCGCUAGUGAGCGCCAUGGUGAAUCUCGACACGGCUGCACGCCCAGACGUUGAUCAGGUGCGGCAGGUAUGCUGGGAGAACGCGGUCGCGCUGCGGGCGGAGCUACCGGAGCACAUGCAGCCUACAUGA